AUGAGCGCUGGGAAACUUGUGAGGCUCAGGAUGGACGUACCUGUCAUCAUGCUGCUCAUCCACUUGACCUACACUGAGAUCAGAGCUCAGGUGGCCAGCAGCAGGGGGGAGGGGGAGGACAGCUGCCCCCUUGGCCAGUUUCCAUGUGGGAACCUGAGUGAGUGUCUCCCUCAGGUGCUGCAGUGUAACGGACACAAAGACUGUCCCAACGGAGCGGACGAGCGACGCUGUGGAGACAACAUUGGGUGGGCUGACUUGUUUGGUCCAACACUACAGAAUGCCAGUCCUGUGGACCAGUACUUCCUCAAUGAGUGUUUUCUGCAGGAGUACCCAGAGAGUUGUGACUGCAUACAGACAGAUGUGGAGUGUGUGGAGGUCAACCUGAAGGACGUCCCUGCCCUCUCUCCAAAUGUGACCUGGCUGUCGCUGAGGAGCAAUGACAUCCGAGUGUUGUCGGAUUUUGUUUUCUUUGAAUACUCAGCUCUACAGAGACUGUUUCUGCAGAACAACAGCCUCCAGUUCAUUUCCACACACGCCUUCAGCGGCCUGCACAAUUUAAAGCGUCUGUUUCUCAGCGAGAACUUGAUAUCCUCUCUCAGUCCUGGUGUGUUCAAAGACCUCCGCCGGUUAGAGUGGUUGAUCUUGGAUCAUAACCCGCUCACAAGUUUGUCCCAGGACUCGUUCAUCGGGCUCCAGUCUCUUGUGUAUCUAUCCAUGGUGGACGCCUCACUGCAGCAGCUUCCUCACCCCAGCUUCUGCGAACACAUGCCUGCCCUGGACUGGCUGGAUCUUGAGGGAAACCACAUUCAAACUCUCAACUUCUCCAUCCUGAAGAGCUGCAGCAAGCUGGAGGUUCUAUUACUGAUGGAAAACAGGAUAAGACGAGUUCCUGAAAACACCUUCCAGUCCCUGUGGAAACUGGCUGAGCUGAAUCUGUCCAGCAACAGGAUAAAGGAGCUGCCAAGGAACACCUUUAAAAGCCUUUCCAAGUCCCUCCUUAAACUAAAUAUCUCCCACAAUCCUCUUCUUCGCAUCCACCCAAGUCAUUUCAGCCAUUUGGCACAACUUCAGUCUUUGGCACUGGAAGGGAUAGAGAUCCCAGAUAUUCAGACUAAGAUGUUUCUGCCCAUGAAGAACCUGUCCCACAUAUACUUCCAGAAGUUCCAGUACUGCUCGUACGCCCCUCAUGUCCGGUCCUGCAAGCCCAAUACAGAUGGCAUAUCAUCUUUUGAGGACCUGCUGGCCAACGUAGUGCUGCGGGUGUGUGUGUGGGUCAUGGCCUUCAUCACGUGCUUUGGUAACCUCCUGGUCAUCGGCAUGAGGUCACUGAUACGAGCGGAGAACAAUCUGCAUGCUGCGUGCAUCAAGGUCCUGUGCUGUGCAGACUGCCUCAUGGGCGUGUACCUGUUCUUUGUCGGAGUGUUCGAUGUGAAGUUUCGUGGGCAGUACAAUCGAAACGCUCUGCUCUGGAUGGAGAGCGUAGAGUGUCGCACCAUUGGAUUUCUGGCCAUGCUCUCCUCAGAGGUGUCUGUUCUGCUCCUGACUUAUCUGACGCUGGAAAAGUUCCUGGUUAUCGUCUUCCCCUUCAGCAAUCUGCGCCCUGGCAAACUUCAGACGGGGGUGGUCUUGGCUUCGAUCUGGUUACUGGGCUUCAUUAUCGCUGCCGUGCCCUUAAUGAACGAGGACGUGUUCGGAAACUAUUAUGGACGAAAUGGAGUCUGCUUCCCCCUGCACUCUGACAGGCAAGAAAAACCUACUGCCAAAGGAUAUUCCACAGGGAUUUUUCUGGGUCUGAACGUGGUGGCCUUCCUGGUGAUCGUCUUCUCCUACUCCAGCAUGUUCUACUCCAUCUAUAAAACUGGCAUCAACGCCACGGACCUGAGGAGCAGGCUGCACAGGGACGUGGCCGUGGCCAACAGAUUCUUCUUCAUAGUGUUCUCCGACGCCCUCUGCUGGAUCCCCAUAUUUUUGGUGAAGAUCCUGUCACUGUUGAAGGUGGAGAUACCCGGAACCAUCUCCAGCUGGGUGGUCAUCUUCAUCCUCCCCAUCAACAGCGCCCUGAACCCCAUCCUCUACACCCUGACCACCAGCUUCUUCAGAGAGCAGGUGGAGCUCUUACUCUGUCGCUGGCAGAGGAGACACCUCCUGAAAAAAGACCGCAAAAGCCUCACGUCCUCCACAAUCUUCACUGAGCGGGCAACGUGCUACCAGAAGCCGGCCUUCCUCCAGCCGGUGUCACUGAGUGGUGCGGACCCUCGCUACGCCUGA